AUGAAAAUUCUUUUUUCGGAUAAAAAGAUUUUUGACAUCAACGGUGUCUAUAAUUCUCAAAACGAUCGAAUAUGGGCAGUAGAUCGUGCUCAAGCUUAUACAAAAGGUGGUAGAGAACAAGUGCAACAAUUUCCACAAAAAGUUAUGGUCUGGUUGGGAGCAUGUUCAAAAGGCGUAACGCCGUUAGUGAUUUUGGAUCGGAAACCAAAACCAAAAGGCGAUAAAGGGACAGUCGAUCACGUUCGAUAUAUACAAGAAGUACUUCCGGUGGCUCUGGCAUACGGAAAUGAAGUAUUUGGUGAUGACUGA